AUGAAAGAGGAUAUCUUCGAUACUGUCACACAGUUUUUCAGAGUAGAAGGGUCGCUGAGACACCUGAAUGUAACUUGGGUUACCUUGAUCCCAAAGAAAGAUAGCCCCACAGACAUUGAAGAUUUUAGACCGAUAAGUAUGGUUGGGUGCAUCUAUAAAAUAAUAGCAAAAAUCCUCUCCUCCCGGCUCAAGGAUGUCGUUACCCCCCUCAUCGACGAAUCACAAAAUGCUUUUGUCAGGAACAGGCAAAUUCUAGAUGGUGUGCUCAUAGCAAAUGAAUCCUUACGAUGGUUGAAGAAGAAUAGAAUCUCAGGAGCAUUGAUCAAAAUUGAUUUUAAAUUGGCUUAUGAUUCGAUCAGGUGGUCGUUCCUUAGAAAGGUUUUGGAAAAGCUAGGCUUCGGCAGGAAAUGGAUAGCUUGGAUCAUGGAGUGUGUUUCCUCGGCAUCAAUGUCAAUACUUGUAAAUGGCUCCCCCCUACGCCCGUUCAAAAUGGAAAAAGGUCUCAGACAAGGUGACCCUCUAUCUCCUUAUCUUUUCAUACUUGUCACUGAAGCUCUCAUCUACUUUCUUAAACAAGCACACGACAUGAACAUGAUUGAGGAUGUGAGAAUUGGGAAAGCAAAGGUUAGUCUAAAACAUCUUCAAUUUGCUGACGAUAUCCUUUUAUUUACUCCUAAAAAUCCAUCAUGCAUCAUAAAUUAUUUUAGAAUACUGGAUAUUUUUGCUUUAAUGUCGGGUCUAACCCUUAAUUACAAUAAGUCAGCUUUUAUCUCAUGGAGAGUAGAGGAUUAUGCUUGGGUAGAGGAAAUGGCAAAUGUUGUUGGCUGCUUGCAUAAACGCCCCCCCUUUACUUAUCUUGGUUUUCCUCUUGGUGCGAAUUUCAAUAAGUACAAUACUUGGAAACCAGUUUUGCGAAAUAUCGAGAACAGUCUAGCAUCGUGGAAGUGGUGGUGGAGAUUCUCAGAGUCGGAUAAUACACUGUGGAAAAGAAUUAUUCAAUCGGUCCAUGAUAUGAUUGGGGAAAAAGCAUCGAUGGAAAAUUUCAGCAAAGUCAAAUCUCGUAUGUGGGCAAGCUUGAUGAGCAAUGAGCCGGAAACAGUCAAAAUAUGCCAAAUGGGAUUUUGGGAAGGAAACACUUGGGUUUGGAACCUGCUUUGGCGACGUUUUUUGUAUGAUUGGGAGUCCGAUGAUGUACAUUCUCUGCACUUAGUCAUCGAACAAAAUGGGCCGAAAAAUAAUUCAGAAAAUGGGGUAAUGUGGAAACGAACUCAUGUUGCAUCAUACCCCACCAAAUGCAUUCAAGAAUCCUACAAUAACUCUCUUGGUGCAUCCAUUCCCAAAUCUCUAGUUUCAAUUGUAUGGCAACGUUUUAUCCCUCCCAGAGCAAGAUUAUCUGUGUGGCUGGCAUAUAAGGAGAAGUUGAAAACAGGGGAUCUCCUUUUGGAGAAAGGAAUCAUUGGCCCGCAAAAUGCAUGUUGUCCCUUUUCCAAUACUGAAUUGGAAUCAAACUCUCACAUUCUUUUUACUUGCAGAUUUGUUUGGAGCACAUGGAUGGAAAUACUUAGAUGGUGGAACCUUUCUGGACCUCUCCAUAGCACUUUUUCAAGUUUCAGUAUUCAAUGGAUUGGCUUGCUCAGUGAUAAGAAGCACAAAGACAUCUGGAGUCUUUCUCUUGGUUGCGUUAUUUGGUCGUUGUGGUAUGAAAGGAACAAGAUAAAAUUCGAAGAAAAGAUCCCCAACUUUCAUAAUUUUAUCAUGUCACUGAGAUCGAGAAUAGGUCUUUGGGCAAAGGAGAUGCUUGGUACCCCUGGCUAUGCACCAAAUGUUAUUUUUAAUGUAGAUUCUUUCAUUCUGCAGUUUUGA